AUGAUCGCUGCCGUGUUUCUGGUCCUCCUCAGGCCGCUUAGUGUUCAGUGCGCGCUGCUGUUGUUGUUGCUUUUACUCGGGACCGUUGCCACUAUUUUGUUUUUUUGCAGCUGGCAACGUAACGUUGCCCGCGGGAAGCAGCCUGUCAAAUCAGUGCUGUCAGGGCGCUCGAAGAGCCGCGGUGAGUUGGGCCUCCGAACGCAUCAUUUUCGGUCAGAGGGCUUCAGACACAGUCCACGUCACUCAAGGAGAAGCUCACAUGCUCGCAUAUUGGAGGAAAAGUCCAAUCUGGUCGAGGUCCCCAGAAAUGAACCUGAUUCUCCAUCGAUUCUCAGGAAGCGCAAAGUGAAGAAACGUGUCCUACCGGAGUUUUAUCAGUCUGUGCAAGUCACCCCGACACGCAAAAUAAGCUCCUGUUCGGGGAACCCUUCCCUCCACUGCUCCAUGUCUUCCUCCGCGGAUUUAUCCGAGGAGGAAGAUUACAGCGUCAAAUCUGGGUCGGCAUCACCGGCACCUGGCGACACUCUGCCAUGGAACCUGCCCAGACACGAAAGGUCCAAGAGGAAGAUCCAGGGAGGAUCCGUGCUUGAUCCGGCUGAGAGAGCAGUGCUCAGAAUCGCAGAUGAAAGAGACAGAGUUCAAAAGAAGACAUUCACAAAAUGGAUAAACCAACAUUUGAUGAAGGUACGGAAGCAUAUAAAUGACCUGUAUGAAGACUUAAGAGAUGGACAUAACUUGAUAUCGUUGCUGGAGGUCUUGUCCGGAGACAAACUGCCGAGGGAGCGCGAUGUGCUGAAGACAUUGCGGUUGGUGAGUGGGACAGAAGCAUGUGCAGUUGGGCGGCAUGGAGACGUGCUGGAUGAUGACAAGGGGCCUCGAGAAAGAGGAAGGAUGCGCUUCCAUAGGCUCCAGAAUGUGCAAAUAGCGCUGGAUUAUUUAAAGAGACGGCAGGUCAAACUUGUCAAUAUCAGGAAUGAUGACAUCACAGAUGGCAAUCCCAAACUUACCCUGGGAUUGAUCUGGACCAUAAUACUGCACUUUCAGAUCUCAGAGAUUCACGUCACAGGCGAGUCCCAGGACAUGACAGCCAAAGACAGGUUGCUGCUCUGGUCCAAGCAGAUAACUGAGGGCUAUGUCGGUGUUAGAUGUGACAAUUUUACAACAUCCUGGAGGGAUGGGAGGCUUUUCAAUGCCAUUAUUCAUAAAUACAGACCUGACUUAGUUGACAUGAGCCGGGUGUCUACCCAGACCAACCGAUCCAAUUUAGAGAACGCGUUCGGUGUGGCUGAGCAACUAGGGGUGGCCAGACUGCUAGACCCAGAAGACGUCGAUGUUCAGUCUCCUGAUGAAAAGUCCGUUAUUACGUACGUCUCAACGCUGUAUGAUGCCUUCCCUAGAGUACCGGAGAACGGAGAUGGUAUUAGUCCCAAUGAAAUUGACAUCAAAUGGGUGGAGUACCAGAACAUGAUCAAAUACCUCAGUCAGUGGAUCAAGCACAAUGUUACUGUAAUGAACGAUAGAUCAUUCCCCAACAAUCCUGCGGAACUAAAGGCACUUUACACGCAAUACCUGCAAUUUAAAGAACACGAGAUUCCACUGAAGGAAAAUGAGAAGACAAAAAUAAAAAAUUUCUAUAAAAUGCUAGAGGUAUGGAUCGAGUUCGGACGCAUACAUUUACCACCAGGUCAUCACCCAAAUGAUGUAGAAAAGGAGUGGGGAAAAUUAAUUGUUGCCAUGCUGGAAAGAGAAAAGAGCCUGAGGCCCGAGGUGGAACGGCUUGAGACGCUGCAGCAAAUUGCCAACAGGGUCCAGCGAGACUGUGUUCAUGGCGAGGACAAGUUGGCGGUGGCAAGAAAUUCCCUGAAAUCGGAUGUUAAACGUCUCGAAUCUGGGAUCCAAUUCCUAAAUGAAGCCGAAAUCGCUGGCUACCUUUUGGAAUGUGAGAACAUACUGAGACAGCAAGUAGUGGACAUCCAAGUACUUCUUGAUGGAAAAUUUCCAUUCACAGAUCAACUAGUUCGAAGGGUUUCAAACCUACGAGAUGAUCUUCUAUUCCUGAGAGCGGAAUGUGCCAAUUUGUACAGCAAGGGUCGCACCCUAACGACCGAGCAGACCAAAAUGAUGAUCUCGGGCAUUACACAGAGCUUGAAUUCUGGCUUGUCCCAGAACAUCAGCCUGAAUCCGGCCUUUCCUCCUGUACCCAGCCAAGGAGGGUUCAAUUCUUCCACAUUCACCUCUAGCCUUACACCGUCUUUGACUCCUGGGCUGCAGUCUGCUUCAGAGCAAACUUACAUGAGCAGUGCUAGUAGCAUGGAGCCAGACAGCCUCAGGCAUAUGACACAAAUGCACAUCCCCAAGCCCUUAAUGAAGUCUUCAUUGGCUGACCCCAGCUUGACAGAAGAAGAGGUGAACAUGAAAUAUGUUGAAGACCUUUUGAAGUGGGUGGCUGACAUGCAGUUGCAGUUGGACCGCGCAGAGUGGGGAUCUGACAUGCCAAGUGUUGCAACUCAUUUAGAUAACCACAAAUCAGUACAUAGAGCCAUAGAAGAAUUUGAAAUGAGUCUGAAAGAGGCAAAACUGAGUGAGAUUCAGAUCAAUCUACCUUUGAAGCUAACCUAUUCAGAAAAAAUAAGCAGUUUAGAGAAGCAGUACGAAAAACUAUUGAGUUGUUCAAAGGAGCGACAAAGCCACCUGCAGAGCCUGCACGACUUUGUGUCGCAGGCAACAAGUGAGCUCAUCUGGCUCAACGAGAAAGAGGAAGAGGAGGUCGCCUUUGACUGGAGCGAUCGCAACAGCAACGUAUCCAAGAAAAGAGACUAUCAUGCUGAUCUGAUGAAGGAGCUGGAUGAAAAGGAGGGAGUAAUCAAGUCUGUGCAGGAUUUUGCAGAACGUCUGCUUUUUAGGAGCCACCCAGCCAAGUUAACUAUUGAAGCAUACAGAGCUGCCAUGCAGACGCAAUGGAGUUGGAUCUUGCAGCUGUGCUCAUGCGUGGAACAGCACCUCAAAGAAAACGCUGUUUAUUUUGAGUUUUUCAGCGAUGCCAAAGAAUCCAUGGAUUUCCUUAGGGGCUUGCAAGACGCUAUUCAGAGAAAGUACAGGUGCGACCGAACUAGUAGCUUGCACAGACUGGAAGAUCUCAUUCAGGAAUCCAUGGAAGAAAAAGAGCAGCUUCUUCAAUACCGUAAUGCUGUAGCUGGGUUGAUGGGUCGGGCCAAGAAUAUUGUGCAGCUCAAGCCUAGGAACCCUGACAGCCCUCGUAGAGCUUCCAUCCCUGUCAAAGCGAUCUGUGAUUAUCGACAAAUCGAGAUAACCAUUUAUAAAGACGAUGAGUGCGUGCUGGCCAACAACACUCAUCGGGCCAAGUGGAAGGUCAUCAACCCUGCAGGCAAUGAGGCCAUGGUGCCUUCUGUCUGUUUCACUGUGCCCCCACCCAACAAAGAGGCUGUAGAUAUGGCUUCAAAAACGGAGCAAUUAUACCAGAAUGUUCUUUCGCUAUGGCAUCACUCCCAUAUCAACAUGAAAAGUGUGGUGUCUUGGCACUGCCUCAUGGCUGAUAUACGCACCAUCCGCCACUGGAAUGUAGCAUCUUUUAAAACAAUGCUACCAGGUGAGCAUCAGCAAGUUUUGAGCAACCUUCAGUCUCAUUUUGAUGAGUUCCUAGAAGACUGUGAAGAGUCUGAAGUGUUUACCGUGGCAGACUGUGCUCAGUUAGAGAGAGAUGUCGCGGGCUGCAAAGAAUACUAUCAAGAACUUCUCAAAUCUGCAGAAAGAGAGGAACAUGAGGAAUCUUUGUACAAUCGUUACAUCUCAGAAAUACGCAACUUCCGCAUGCAUCUGGAAGCCCAUGAAGAACACCUGAUCAGGCAAAUCCGCACCCCACUGGACAGAGACGACGUUUACCAGAGUCUGCAGCGCAUUAAUGACCAAGAGAGGAAAAUGGCAGAGCUGGUUAAAUUCAAAGAAGACCUGGAUGCAAUGAAGGACAAAUGUGAGGUGUUCCUUGCACAAGCUUCUGGCUUGCCAUCAGCACCGACUCUCUCUUCCGAACUCGGCAUUGUGGUUCAAAGCAUGAGCCAAGUGCAAUCCAUGUCUUCUAUUUACAUGGACAAACUGAAGACCAUGAGUUUGGUAGUGAAGCAUAGCCAGAGUGCAGAGGCGUUAGUGAAGACCUAUGAAUCCAAACUCUAUGAGGAAGAUGUUGUGAACUCUGACCUCCAGUCUAUUGAAACGGUCAUCUCCACCCUCAAACAAUGGCGGACAGAGAUUGAUGAAAAGCAGGAAGUAUUCCACAACAUGGAGGACGAACUGCAGAAAGCACGACUCAUCAGUGAUCGCAUGCUUAAGGCCCAUAACGAGCGUGACUUUGAGUUGGACUGGCAUAAAGAGAAGGUCGAUCAACUGAAUGAGAGAUGGCGCAAUAUUCACUCCCAAAUUGAUACCAGGCUGAGGGACCUGGAUGGUAACAGCAAAUCUCUGAAGCUUUACAAAGACUCCUAUAGUAGUCUUGACGAAUGGGUUCGAGAAGUUCAGGCAGAACAGAUGAAGGCCCAAGAAAAUAAACUGGAAGAUGGCAAAGCUCUCACAGAAGUGUUGAACAAACAGAAGGUGCUUGUUGCUGAAAUUGAACAAAAGCAGAGCCAGAUUGAUGAAUGUCAGAAGUACUCUGAACAGUGCUCAUCUGCCAUUAAGGAUUAUGAGCUUCAGUUGAUGACCUUCAGAGCGAUGGUGGAUUCCCAACACAAAUCUCCGCUCAAGAAACGCAAAAUGCAGAGCUCCUCUGAUGCCAUCCAGCAGGAGUUCAUGGAUCUUCGAACCCGCUAUACGGCCCUUGUGACCCUCAUGACACAGUAUGUGAAGUUUGCAAGUGAAACCCUGAAGAGAACAGAAGAUGAGGAGAGAUCAGUGGAUGAAGAGAAGCGAGAGCAUGGUGAUAAAGUUAGCAAACUCUUAGAUUGGAUGUCUAAUGUGAAAAAGAAUGUAAGCAAUGAGGGAAAUGCUUUGAAAGAUAGUAAUGCCAACACAGAUUCUUCAAAUAACUCCCAGGUCUCUUUGGAGGAAAUGGUAACUAAGAAAGAGCAGGUUGCAGAAGCGAUUAGGGCCACAGAAAUUAUGCUGAGCAAACACGGAGAAAAAAUGUCAGAGGAGGAGAGAGAAAAAGUCCAGGAACAAUUGGAGAACCUCAACAAGGCUUACAAUGACCUGUCCCAGCAUUGUUUGAAUAAGCCUGCACUUGAAAAGGAGGAUAUGAAAUCUAUCAUUGGCAAUGGCUGUAUUUGGACCCAAGCAUUUGACGGCCUGAGUCAUGACAAAAUAAGCCUUCUCCUUCCGACUUCAGACCUGUCUGAGCCUGAGUCUCAUCUUAUUUGGGAUGAUGUUCUCAAACAACAUGCUCCUCACAAAUCUACAACUGGAAAUCAGUUACUGGAGUAUAACCUGGAGAGCAAGUGCAUAGACGGUUCACAUGUGACCUCUGUAUCCAUCUGCGAUGUAGCAACAGCAGUAAGGGAAGCCUCCAUGUUGGAAGACCUUGUUGUGAAAAUAAUAGAGUUCAACCAAGUCAGUGAUGGACUGAAUGUGGUCUAUUCAGGAGAUACAGUGACCCUAGAGAUGGCAUUUCAGGAAGGGUUGAUUCCUGCUUCUGUUUAUCUUAAAAUUCUUCAACGACAAAAGACUUGCCAGAAAAUGAUGCAUGACCCUUCUAUUGCAAAUGAGUCCCAUUUAGAAGACAUGCAGGUUAAUAGACUGAUUUUGAAAUGCGUACGCAGCAAUAGAUCGCAGACAGAUAGGAUUGUUCACACCUUGACAUCUGUCUGUGAUCGGGACAGAAUAGCAAAUCUCAAUCCCAAUGAGGUGAAUGUCGCUGACCAAGCAACGGAGGAUUUAAAUUCAACCCAAGAAGCUUAUUUGUCCACUGGGAACAGUGGCGAAAGAAUAACGGUGGAUGCUAUGGUUCAGUGUGAUUUAAUGAGCUUUAGUAGUACACUAAUUGUACUUGGGACCAGGCAUCAGUUCAUUGGCCUUGUGUUGCCUAGGCCGAAAGAAUCCCAAUUUUGUGCCACAUCAUCAAAGUCCUAUGAGAAAUCCAUCAGUGAUGUACUUGACAGCAGUCCGUUUAGCAAACGUGGGGAAAUUUCAGCUUUUUACAUUCCAGAAAAUACUGAGGUUAUGGACGUCAAUUCUGCUGUACAAAAUGGCUACAUUGAUGUCUACAUGGCAUAUGUCUUAAAAUCCAUCGAAAUCCCUGAAAAGGUUCUCAAUGUUGAUUGCCUUAAUGAAAGGUUUUCAUCGUGGCUCAUGUGUAGAAAACUGAGAAUUAAUGGACGUUGCCAUGCCGAAGAUCUUUUUACUUCUUCGGAGACAAAGCAGCUCUUUGUAUCUUAUUUAAUGCUCAACAGUUACAUCGACUUAAAGUCUCAGCACAGGGUUUUAAUACUUGACAAGAAGUUAACUAAGAUGGUACAGUUUUUUCUUGAAGAUUCAGUAUUUUUGGAAAAUCUACAACACAGUAUGGAGCCUUGGGCUGUGAAUGUUUCAGAGCAAAGUGACCUAGAUGUACCCUCCAUAAGUGAGAACUCAGAUGUGAAAGACGCAAACACAAGCAAUGAAAGGUUUGAUGAUAGUUUAUAUAUUGAGGAUCCAGAUGAUGCUUAUGAUAGUUGCACCAGUCCUACUUCCCAAGAGAUUCCUGUGUUACCUGCUUUUGUGAAUAAACAAAAUGCCAACUCACCACCUGAUGUCACCAGCUCAACUAAUGGGAUCAACAUCUCAUCGGAUUACAAGCAAGGUGUUCUGGAUGAAGUGGGAUCAUCAUUAUGUGUUGAAGGAGUCAAAGGUUUUGAUGCACAAGGUACAAACAAUGAAAAGAAAAUUAAUAAAGAUUUGGAGUCAUCCGAAGUCGUAACUGGAAAUAUUCAAGAGGAGUCUUCUAUCCAAAGUAGAGAUGAAAAGAAAGUUUAUGCUUCAAAGGACGCUGUUCAAGUGAAGUCUGAUAACCCAAAUCUAAGAGAUGAAGACGGGUAUGAUGCCACACCUUCAAAAGAUGAAGAGAACUCCUUUCCUCCAAAUGGAAAAGAAGAACAGAACUCAGAUCAUCCAAAAGAGGAAGGGGAGUCUGAUGCUCCUGCUAUCCAGUUGCAGAUUAUGCAGGAAAUGAUGGCGAACCUUCAAACUAAUUUAAGAAGCGAAACUUACUCUCUGGAAUGCAUCAAGGAAGAGAGGGCAGAAGAUGAAUUGCUGGCAGAAAUGUCUUGUAAGCCUGCUACCAAAAUUGUAGAGGAGAUCAAGAAUUCGAUCUUCUCUACACAGGAUUACCUAGAGUGCAUUGGAAGACUCCAAGAUCAUGCGGAUGUUUUAGAUGAUCUCAGAAAAGAUCUUCUUAUUGGGGACCCAACUGGCAAUGGGGAACCAACUGGCAAAAGCAUGGAAGAAUUAAAGAUGCAAAUGGAUGAAAUUCAGGACACUGAGAGUUCUCUGCAUCAGGAAGUCAAACUUAAAUUAGAGGAUGUCACAUUUGCUAUCCAGAUUUUUGUAUCCGAGCAUGCUCACUUGUUGAGCCCAGCUCAGAGCAGUUGCCUUCUUAAGUAUCUCAGCAGCACUCAGAGAGCCUACAGGGACCAGACGGGCAAACUUUUAGCGCUGAGGUGUACCUUAGACGUCCUACUGGACACCAAGGAAAGGGAAUACCAGGAGAAGUCUAUUGUGGAAAGGCACCAAGCGAUUUCAGACAAGUUAGAAGAAAUGUGUGAUAGUCUCACUUUGACAGAGAACCGUCUGAUUGGUCACCAACAGCAGGCUGACAAUACAGAGUGUGUCACAGACCUGCAGCAGUACCAGCAGGAGCAUCAGGCCUUGCAAAAAGAUGUCUUGACAAACGCCACUGCUUUGAAUGAGGUCAUCUCCAGCACUAAAAAGUUUCUGGAAGAAAAUCAGGGCAAGCUGUCAGCGGACCAAAUAGCGGAUAUUGAGACAAAAUUGGAAGAAGCGAAUGGCAAGGCCAAGCUUAUCCAAAAGCAAGCUGAAGAAUCCAGGAAGGACUUGGAGAAGGUUGUUACUACCGCUAUAAAACAUGAGAGUGAAAAGGCUGCAGCUGUUGAACGUCUUGAGGAAAGCAAGAAUAAAAUAGAAGGUCUACUAGAGUGGGUCUCCAAAAUUGGAGAUAAAACUGAACGAUGUACUGAUGAGGCAGACUUCAUAAGCAAAGAGAAUGGAAAUCUGCCAGAGGAAACAUUAGACAAGCUACGGAAAGGAGAGAAGGACGACGCUAAUGGAAACACUUUGCAUCAAAGUGAAAGUGGUUUUGACGGGCAAAGUGAUGCCUGCAUGGACAUUGACAAGCAGUAUGAAAGAGUCAAGGCUCGUCACCAGGAGAUACUUUCCCAGCAGCAGGAUUUGAUCAUGGCCACCCAGUCAGCCCAAGCUCUUCUCGACAAGCAAGCCAAUGUUCUCUCUUCAGAAGAGAAAGAUAAACUACAGAAGAACAUCCUGGAACUGAAGGAACGUUACGAUGCUUCCCUCAACCAAGCUGAGCAGCAGAUGAAGCAGGUCCAAUGUGUUCAGGAGGAGUUGAAGAAGUUUCAAGAUGAUUGUGAAGAGUUUGAGGACUGGUUAGCGCAGGCUGAACGCGAGAUGGAGCAGUUAGCUGCCUCAGCGGGUUCCCUAAAAAUCCUCAAUGAUAAACUCCUCCGACAGAAGAGCUUCUCAGAGGAUGUCAUCUCUCACAAGGGCGACCUUCGUUUCAUCACUAUUUCGGGCCAGAAAGUUCUGGAUGUGGCCGAAGCAUGCGGAGUCGCUGACCCAAAGUCUAAAAAUGGCCUGAUGCAAGUUGAUACCUCAGGAACCUGUUCUGCUGUCAAGGAUAAACUGGGCUCUGCAGCCAGUCAAUACAAGACACUUCACACAAAGUGCAACCAGCUUGGCAACAACCUCAAAGAUAUUGUUGAAAAGUACAAGAAGUAUGAUGACUCCAGCACAGGCCUACUAAAGUGGCUUGAAAGCGCUGAGGAGGAGGCGAGGAAACAACAGUCCGAGGCAAUCGCUGCUGAGCCAAAAAAGCUGCAGAUACAGCUAGAAGACACCAAGGUUUUACAAGGUCAGAUGAGCGGACAUCAGACUGCUAUUGACACACUAUCCAAGGCAGCUGAUUCUUUGAUCACAUCUGAUGGAAACCUGUUGAGCAACUUAGACGAGAUCCAGGAGACAGUAGAUGACAUAGUGGAGCGAUAUGACAAUUUGUCCAAGGCUGUGAGCGAUCGCAAUGAGAAGCUGCAGAUCACCUUGACUCGCUCCAUGAGUGUCCAGGAUGGACUGGAUGAGAUGAUGAGGUGGAUGGAGGGAGUGGAGGCCAGUGUGAAAGAGAAUGGACAAAUUCCAUUGGACUCUGCGUCUCUAACAGACAUGCUAAGCAAAGAAACGGCUAUAGAGCAGGACAUCGCAAGUCGCCAGAGCAGCAUCGCAGCCAUGAAAUCGAAAGUGAAGAAGUUUUCGGAGACAGCCGACCCCUCCUCUGCGGCUCUCCUACAGUCCAAGAUGGACGCUCUCUCAAAACGGUUCUCAGACACCUGUGACAAGCAUAAGCAGAAAGUUGCACGCCUUGAAGAAAUUAAAGAUAAAGUGGAAGAGUUUGAGAAUGUUGCAGAAAAUGUACAGCAGUUUGUUGUGAAACGUUCGCAAGAUCUGUAUGAGACUGACGGGCCUGGGAAAACAUUUGAAGAACUCGCUCAGCUAACACAGAAUGCAAAAGCUGAGAUGGUUGAACAUUACGGUAAUGUGGAGAAGUUGCAGACCCUUUCCAAGGAGCUCUGUGAAAUGAGUAAAGAUGGUAACAGAGCACAGAUCCAGAGCAAGAUGGACAAUCUCGUAAACAUCUUCAGCACUUUCAAAGACACAGUCAAAGAAAAGGAUGAGGAGGUUUCAUCCUGUCAAGACUUGCUGGGAGAGUUCAGGGCUGCGGCCGGUCUUUUCAGCAAGUGGCUGGAGGAGACCAAUGAGAAGGUGCCUGUGGCGGAGAAAAGUUGCAAUGCUAAAAGUUUGGAGAAGGACUUCCAAAUAGUCACUGGUUUGCUGGAAGAAUGGACAUCGAAAGGUCCUGCUCUGCAGGACUUGAACACCAGAGGAGCUUCUCUAUGCAAUCGGAUUGCUAGUCUCACAUCCCCUGCCAAAGCUAAGAUCACUAACAAGACAGAGCUGAUGACAAUCCAGCAAAAUAUGUCAUUCGUCAACGAGGGCUAUUCCUGUCUGGGUGACACGCUGAAGCGUCGAUCCGCCGAACUGGGUGGAUCGGUGCGGGAGCUGAAGGAUGCCAAAAAGGAGACUGAACACAUGAUGACAUGGCUGGAGGACAUGAAAAAGACCGCAUCCUCUUGGAAGAAUGGUGCCACAGAGAAAGAUGCAGUGAAAACACAGCUUGAACAGCAGAAGGUGUUUGAAGACAGCAUGAAGCAGAAGAAAGAGCAGCUCCACAAGGUGAGGGAGAAGCUCACUGACUUGAUUGAAACUCAACCAAACUCACAGGAGGCAGAUAAAUGGAGGCAGAUGUUGGAAGAGAUAGAUGCUGCUUGGGCAGAUAUCAGUGGCUCGGUGUUGGAAAGGAAGCAGCACCUGGAGCAGUCCAACAAGAAUCUGGAUAUUGUCCAAAGCUCUCAAGUUCAGCUUGGCCAAUGGCUGUCAGAGAAGGAGCUGAUGAUGAGUGUCCUUGGACCGCUCUCAAUUGACCCCAACAUGCUUAAAAUGCAGAAGCAACAAGUCCAGAUCCUCCAGAAUGAAUUCAAGAGCCGCAAGCCUCAGUUCGAGCAACUCAAGGAAGCUGCCUCUGCCAUUUUAAACUCGUCGGAUAGCCAAGACCCUUCAAACGGUAAGCUGGUGAGAGAUCAGCUCGCUACAGUCACCGACAAAUGGCAAGGACUUAUCGGGCAGCUGGAUCAGCGAGACGGCCUCAUCGACCAAGCUGUGGUGAAGACGGGAAUGUUCCAAGAGCUACUGAGUACUCUUGGCCAGACAGCUGCUCAACUUGAAGAUCAGCUCGGCAGACAUCAGGCGAGUAGUACACAACCCGAUGCGGUGAAGAAGCAGCUGGAGGAUGUCCACAACAUCUCGCUUCAACUGAGAGAAGAGAAGCCGAAGCUGAAGCAGGCCGAAGCUGUUCAUGCAGAUCUUAAAGCGAUGGUGACUGAGGACUAUCUCAAAGCUGACUUAGACAGGCAGUUGGAGAGUGUCAGCAAACCUUUCAAACAGUUGGAAGAGAGAGCAGCCAAACAAAUUGAGCAGCUGAACUCAACAUUCGCUAGCUCUCAGCAGUUUCAUCAGACCUCUAAAGAUUUCCAGUCCUGGCUGGCUGAGAAGCUGCAGGAUCAGUCGAAGCCUCGGCCCAUCUCCGCCAAAGUGGAUGUUUUGCAAAAAACUCUGAAUGAGCAUCGUAACCUGCAGUCGGCGCUAAUCGAGCAGAACACUACUUACAGUACCAUAGCAGGGGAAGGAGAGACGCUUCUUCAGAGCACUGACGGUGCAGAAAAGUUGGCACUCCAAGGUCAGCUGUCUCUCCUCUCCUCUAACUGGCAGGAGGUGAAGAAGAACACCGAAGUGCAUGCUGACAAACUUAAGGCUGCUCUGCAGAGAGCUCAGAAGUUUGAGGAGCAUGUUGAGAAACUCAAAACUUGGGUGAAGGACUGUGAAACCAGUGAGGGUGGAGUCAAACUCACUCUUGACCUUGUUGCUGUGGAGAAUGCGGUAACUCAAGCGAAAGCCCUUCAGAAGGACGUGGAUAAGCACAGAGGGAUGGUGGAACAGAUGAACACUGCAGCAGAGAGCCUUCUAGAGUUGGCUGAUACUGACACAGAGGGAGUUAAAAAAGAGGCUGCUAGCAUCUCUGAAAGAGUGGACUGUGUUUUGGAAGGUCUUCAGAAUAAAAAAGAAUCCCUGGAGAAAAUCUCUUAUGCAAUUAAAGAAUUUAAUGAAGGCUCCAAAGAGGCCAAGACUCAUCUAGAAGGAGCUAAGACACUUCUAGAUUCUUAUGAUUCACAGGGAGUUCAUGCAUACAGCAAUAAGAACUUGACCAACAUGAAAGCCCAACAAAAGAGCCUGGAAGGAGUGCAAAACCAACUAGAACACCUUACGAGUUUAGCAAAGACUCUUGUAGUCGAUCUGCCAGAUGUUGAUGGAGUGACAGACCUCUUACUGCAAGUCGACAGCAUAGAAAAGGAAUACAGCGUCCUUAAUAAGAGGCUAGAGGAGAAAUGCCAGAACCUGGAAGGUAAAUUGCAGGGCAUCGGGCAGUUCCAAAAUAGUAUCCGUGAGAUGUUCACCCGCUUCACAGACCUGGAUGAUGAGUUGGACAGUAUGGCUCCUGUGGAUCUGGACUUGGUUGUUCUGAAGAAGCAACAGGAGAACAUUGACAGCUUUGUAGCACAACUGCAAGAGCUGAUGGUAAACACAGCCAAUGCAAAGGAUGGAUGUAAGAGGAUGCUUGAGACAGACUCGUCACCUGACCUCUUGGGCCUGAAGAGAGACCUGGAUGCGCUGAGCAAGCAGUGUGGCAAGCUGAUGGACCGGGCCAAAGGCAGGGAGGGGCAGGUACAGAGUACACUCAUCAAGCUUGAGGAGCUUUGUGGAAAACUACAUCGCUUGGAGGAUCAGCUUUCCAGAGCCGUGGACAAAGACGCGUCACAAGGAGCGGUCGGCAUGGAGACGGACAUCAUCAAUCAACAGCUGGAAGCCUUUAAGGCGUUCCAAAAGGAAGACAUCGAUCCAUUGCAGACACAACUCCAUGACAUCAACUCCCUCAGUCAAGGACUGAUCCAAAACGCUGCCCGAGGCACCAACACGAAGAAGCUUGAAGAUGACCUGGAGAAGAUUAACACAAAGUGGAACACGCUUAAUAAAAAGAUUGCUGAGCGCUCAGCCCAGCUGCAUGAAGCCCUGUUACAUUGUGGAAGGUUCCAUGAUGCUCUGGACUCUCUACUCAGCUGGUUGACCGACACAGAGGAGCUCAUGGCCAAUCAGAAGCCGCCUUCUGCUGAGUUCAAAGUGGUCAAGGCACAGAUACAAGAGCAGAAACUCUUACAGAGGCUGUUGGAUGACCGUAAGCCCACAGUGGAGUUGAUAAAAAAUGAGGGGGGGAAGGUUGUGGAACUGGCAGAGUCUGAGGAUAAGGAAAAGGUUGCAAAAGAGGUGCAAUCCCUUGGGCAGAGGUGGGACACUCUGCUCAAGAAAGCUGAGAACAGGCAUAAGCAACUGCAGAGCAUUUUGGUGGUCACUCAACAGUUCUACGAGACUCUCGAGCCUUUGAGUGACUGGCUCGCCAUAACAGAGAAGCGGCUCUCCAACUCAGAACCACUUGGCACAGAGACAUCAAAACUGGAAGAUCAGAUCUCCCAUCAUAAGGCCAUUGAAGAGGAGAUUAUGAAUCACAGUAAAGAGCUGUUUCAUGCCGUCAGUCUGGGUCAGAUGCUCAAAGCUGUGAGCUCAGUUGAUGACAAGGACUUUGUUCAGUCCAAGCUGGACGCUACGCAGGGUUCUUACUUUGAGCUGCAGGAGCGCUGCAGGAGAAAAGCUGAGAUGCUGCAGCAGGCCCUGGCUAAUGCCCACCUAUUUGGAGAGGACGAGGUGGCGCUCAUGAACUGGCUCAGUGAGGCACACACGCGAUUGAGUGAAGUAUCUGUGGAGGACUACGUAGUAGACACUCUUGAAAAGCAGAUGGCUGAACAACUGGCCCUACAAAGUGAUAUUGAAUUGAGGAAGAAGAAUGUCGACCAAGCCCUCUUCAAUGGGAUGGAACUAUUAAAGCAAACAACAGGUGAUGAGGUUGUUGUUAUCCAAGGGAAAUUGGAUGGUAUAAAAACAAAGUACGCUGAGAUCACCUCCAUGAGUGACAAUGUUUUGAACACAUUAGAACGUGUUUUGAGUCUCUCCACAAAGCUGCACCAUACACAUGAGGAUUUGAGUUUAUGGCUAGAAAAGGCAGAGGCUCAGAUCAGUUCUUAUAUGGAUGAGCAGCCAAUCGAUGAGCAACUCACUCAAGCCCAAAACAUGCAAAAGACUUUGCUAAAGGAGACAAAAGACCGAAAGGCUGUAGUGGACAAGCUGAAUGAGUUGAGUUCCUCCCUCUUGGAUCUCAUCCCUUGGCACACUCGAGAAGGUCUUGACAAGCUAGUGACAGAAGACAAUGAGCGAUACAGAGCUAUCUGUGACAGCGUCGCUCAGCAGGUCGACCGGAUCAACGCCGACAUUCUUAAGUCACAGCAGUUUGAAGAAGCAGUAGAAUCUGAACUAGCAUGGCUCAAGAAUGCUGAGAAUAAGCUGCUGUCCAUGGGAGAGAUCAAACUGGGGCAUGACCAAACUGCAGUCCAACUACAAGCACAUAAGGUCUUUUCUAUGGACAUAAUGAGACACAAAGACUCUGUUGAUGCAAUAGUUAAAAAAGGAAAAGCCAUCAUGAGCAGCAAAAAGCCAGAGGAAAAAGAACUAUUAAAGGCCAAGACCCAGACUCUGGUCGAGAAGUAUGGUGCGGUGAGUCAGCUGAACUCGGAGCGCUCUCUCCAGCUGGAACGAGCCCAGUCUCUCGCGAGCCAGUUCUGGGAAACCUAUGAAGAGUUGUCACCAUGGCUUCAGGAAACCCUGAAGAUCUUUAAGCAGCUGCCCCCACCUGCCAUCGAGUAUGAUGCGCUCAGGCAGCAACAAGAGGAGCUCCGGCAAAUGCGAGAGCUGAUUGCCGAGCACAAACCACACAUUGACAAGAUGAAUAAGACCGGACCUCAGUUAUUGGAACUGAGCCCAAAGGAAGGGCUGCCCAUCAGAGAGAAGUACACAAAAUCCGAGCAGCUAUACACCAAACUGAAGGCUGAUGUCAAACAAAGAGCUGCUGAGUUGGAUGAGGCCAUCUCUAAAUCCACUCAGUUCCAUGAUAAAAUCGCCCCAAUGCUGGAAUCCCUUGAGCGGAUAGCUGAACGCCUGCGUCAGCCUCCCUCCAUUUCAGUGGAGGUGGACAAAAUCAAGGAGCAGAUAACAGAAAAUAAAUGUGUCAGCGUGGAUUUGGAAAAACUGCAGCCUUCCUAUGAGACCCUGAAGCAGCGAGGAGAAGAAAUGGUUGCGCGAUCAGAAGACAGAGAAUUAUCUGCCAAAGCUGUACAAGACAAACUGGAUCACAUGGUGUUCCUGUGGACCGAUAUCCAAGUCUUGCUGGAAGAGCGAGAGGCUAAGCUAUUAGAUGUGAUGGACCUCGCUGAAAGGUUCUGGUGCGAUCACUGCGCACUGAUUGUCACCAUUAAAGACAGUCAGGACCUCCUAAGGGAGCUAGAGGAGCCUGGAGUGGAUCCUUCAGUUGUCAAACAACAACAGGAGUUUGUGGAGGGUUUUAAAGAGGAGAUUGACGGGUUUCAAGAGGAGCUGGAUUCAGUUCGAAACCAAGGUUCUGAGCUCAUGACAGCCUGCGGAGAACCUGACAAACCAGUGAUAAAGAAAAGCAUUGACGAGGUGAACUCUGCAUGGGAAAAUCUCAAUAAGACUUGGAAAGAACGAGUUGAGAGGCUGGAAGAGGCCAUGCAGGAUGCAGUGCAAUUCCAGGAUGGCCUGCAGGGUAUGUUUGAUUGGGUGGAUAUCCUGGAGAGCAAACUGGACUCCAUGUCACCUGUGGGCACCGAUCUAGAAACUGUCAAGCAGCAAAUUGUUGAGCUGAAGGAGUACAAAGUUGAAGCGUACCAGCUGCAGAUAGAAAUGGAGCGCCUGAACCACCAGGCGGGCCUCCUGCUGAAAAAGGUAACCGAUGAGACUGACCGAUGCGCCAUCCAGGAGCCGAUGUACGAGCUCAAGAUGCUGUGGGAAAACCUGGAUGAGAAGAUCAUCAGCCGACAGCACAAACUUGAGGGAGGUCUAUUGGCACUGGGACAGUUCCAGCAUGCGCUGGAUGAGCUGCUGGCCUGGAUGAGCCACACUGAGGAGAUGCUCAAUGAGCAGAGAAAGGCAGGAGGAGACCCUAAAGCCAUUGAGAUUGAGCUGGCCAAACAUCAUGUCCUUCAGAUUGACGUUUUGGCUCACAAAUCAACAGUUGAGACAGUGAACAAAGCAGGCAAUGAUCUUGUGCAAUCUAGUGCUGGAGAGGAAGCCUCUUGCCUAAAGAGCAAACUGGAGAACCUAAACCAGCGCUGGAAAGCCAUUCUGGAGAGGACAGAGCAGAGGAAGCAGCAGUUGGAAAGUGCUCUGCUCCAGGCCCAGGGUUUCCAUGGUGAGGUGGAAGAUAUGCUGCAAUGGCUGAAAGACACAGAACGUCAGCUGUUGGCAUCAAAGGCUGUGGGAGGCUUACCAGACACAGCCCGCGAGCAGCUUAACGCCCAUCUGGAGUUGUGUUCUGCCUUGGAGGUGAAGGAGGAGCUGUACCAGGAGUUGAUGACCAAAGGUCAACAGCUGCUCUCUAUUACACCGGAAGGCAACACAGAGCAGGACCUUGCAAACCUGAAGGAAAAAUGGGAUGUGACACAAGCCAAAGUUGCUGAUCGGAAGGUGAAACUGGAAGAGGCUUUGACGUUGGCCACAGAUUUCCAUAACUCUCUGCAGGACUUCAUCAACUGGCUGACCCAAGCAGAGCAAACGCUGAACAUGGUGUCACCUGCCUCCCUGAUUCUUGAAACCAUUCUAUUUCAAAUCGAUGAGCACAAGAUGUUUGUGACUGAGGUCAACUCUCACAGGGAUGACAUCAUCGAGCUGGACAAGACAGGCACACAUCUGAAGUACUUCAGCCAGAAGCAGGAUGUUGUUCUGAUCAAGAACCUACUCCUCAGUGUACAAGGCCGCUGGGAGAAGCUGGUGCAGCGAUCUGUGGAACGUGGUCGUGUGUUGGACGAUGCGAGAAAGAGAGCAAAACAGUUCCAUGAAAACUGGAGUAAAUUGAUGGAGUGGUUGGAUGAAUCUGAGAAGACACUGGACUCGGAAGUGGAAAUUGCCAAUGAGCCGGACAAGAUCAAGAAGCAGCUGUCGCAACACAAGGAGUUCCAGAAGUCUUUGGGAAGCAAGCACUCCGUGUAUGAUACGACUUCGCGAACUGGUCGAGCCCUCAAGGACAAAACCUCACUUCAGGAUGAUAAUCAAAAACUGGACGACAUGCUGAGUGAACUGAGAGACAAAUGGGACACCGUUUGUGGGAAGUCCAUAGAGAGGCAAAACAAACUAGAGGAGGCGCUGCUGUUCUCUGGCCAGUUCAAAGAUGCUCUGCAGGCUCUCAUUGACUGGCUGUACAAGGUUGAGCCUCAGAUGGCUGAAGACCAGCCAGUUCACGGCGAUAUUGACCUCAUUUUGAACCUGAUAGACAACCACAAGGUCUUCCAGAAGGAGCUGGGAAAGAAGACUGUCAGCGUCCAGGCACUCAAACGCUCAGCCAGGGAGCUGAUUGACAGCAGUCACGACGACUCUUCUUGGGUUAAAGUACAGAUGCAGGAGCUGAGCACACGGUGGGAGACGGUGUGCAACCUCUCAGUGUCCAAGCAGGCGCGUCUAGAGCAGGCCCUGUGCCAAGCUGAGGAGUUUCACUCCACAGUUCACAUUUUGCUAGAGUGGCUGGCCGAGGCUGAGCAGAGUUUGCGUUUCCAUGGCAGCUUACCUGAUGAUGAAGAGGCUCUACGUGCACUCAUUGACCAGCACAAGGAGUUUAUGAGGAAACUAGAAGAAAAGCGAGUUGCUCUGAAUAAAGCCAUUAGCCUGGGUGAGGCUAUUCUGAGCAUAUGCCAUCCUGACUCUAUUACAACAAUCAAACACUGGAAUACGAUCAUUAAAGCCCGGUUUGAAGAGGUGCAAGCCUGGGCCAGGCAGCACCAGCAGCGACUGGCCACAGCUCUCAGUGAGUCCUUAGCCACUCAGGACUUGCUGGAGAACCUCCUGACUUGGCUGCAAUGGGCCGAGUCGAACCUGAGUGACAAAGACAAAGAACCUCUCCCGCAGGAGAUCCAAGAGGUGAAAAAUCUCAUCGCAGAACACCAGGCUUUCAUGGAGGAAAUGACCAGAAAGCAACCAGAUGUUGACAAAAUCACAAAGACACACAAAAGAAAGGCUGCUUUGGAGCCUCAGAUCCACUCUCAAAUCCCCGUGCUGGACAAAGGACGAGCUGGAAGAAAACGUUCUCCCACACAAACCAUGUAUGCAUCAGCGACACAAGCACCCAUCGAAACAAAAAACCCACGAGUUAACCUGCUGGUCAGUAAAUGGCAGCAUGUGUGGUUGCUGGCUCUGGACAGGAGGAGGAAACUCAACGAUGCUUUGGACAGAUUGGAGGAGUUGAAAGAAUUCGCCAACUUUGACUUUGAUGUGUGGCGGAAGCGCUACAUGCGUUGGAUGAACCACAAAAAGUCUCGCGUCAUGGACUUCUUCCGACGCAUCGAUAAAGAUCAGGAUGGCAAAGUAACAAGACAAGAGUUCAUCGAGGGUAUCCUGUCCUCUAAAUUCCCGACUAGUCGACUAGAGAUGAGCGCCGUGGCUGAUAUAUUUGACCGGGACGGUGACGGCUACAUCGACUACUACGAGUUUGUGGCGGCGCUUCACCCCAACAAGGAUGCCUACAAACCUCUGACAGAUGCUGACAAGAUUGAAGAUGAGGUGACACGCCAAGUCGCCAAAUGCAAAUGUCCCAAGCGAUUCCAGGUGGAGCAAAUUGGUGCCAACAAGUACAGGUUUUACCUUGGAAACCAGUUCGGAGAUUCCCAGCAGCUUCGCCUAGUACGCAUCUUGCGCAGCACCGUGAUGGUGCGUGUGGGUGGAGGCUGGAUGGCGCUGGACGAGUUCCUGGUGAAGAACGACCCCUGUCGAGCCAAAGGCAGGACCAACAUGGAGCUACGAGAGAAAUUUAUGGUCCCCGAAGGCACCACGCAAGUUAUGGCAAGCUUCCGUUACCGGGGACGACGCUCUCGGCCCUCCUCGCCUAACAGGUCAAUGUCCAGCCAAAGCUGUGUCAUCCCGUCCAACCCGGCAGUAAACAGCACACCGAAGACAUGCCAACACAUAAGCCGCAAUUAUGAUAAGCCAUGGCUUACAAACAGCAAACCCUCCACUCCAAUUAAAUCAUCCGACUCCUUCGGGAGCCCAGGUUCAUCCGCAGAGACGACACCAGUUCAAGGCAGCAAGUUGCGUCUUCCUGGCUACUUGUCGGGAAAAGGAUUUCAGUCUAGCGACGACGGAACGUUGAUCAAUGCUGCCAUUCUCAAAGCUCGCGGGCAGACGCUAGAAUCCAGGAAAAGCUCGAGCCGACCCGGAAGCAAAGCAGGAAGCAGAGGCAGCAGUCGUAGAGGCAGCGAUGCCUCUGACUUUGACAUCUCAGACAUCCAGUCGGUGUGUUCGGAUGCGUCGGAGACAGUCGGGGAUGGCCCGCGGACCAUGCCGCGCUCACUGGCCCGCCAUCAUGGAGGGAAACCCUCCAAGAUUCCCACACCGCAGAGAAAAAGCACUUCCACGAGCAAACUUGCCAAGGGAUCCAAGCGAUAG